AUGUCUUCCUCUCCACCACCUCUAGUGAAUAAUCCUCCUUCCACCACAAUCUCUCAAGAACAACCGACACAAUCCUCAUCACCACAUCCCUCAUCCUCAUCAUCCCCCACCACAAUCUCUCAAGAACAACAGACAGGAGCACCUUCCUCCUCCACCACAACAAACAUCAUCACACUAACCUCUCAAGAACAGCAGCAGCAGCAAGAUCCUCAUCCCUCAUCCUCAUCAUCCCCCACCACAAUCUCUCAAGAACAACAGACAGGAGCACCUUCCUCCUCCACCACAACAAACAUCAUCACACUAACCUCUCCAGAACAGCAGCAGCAGCAGCAGCAAGAUCCUCAACAAAUCAUCAGGAUAGAGAACCCCCAACAUCAAAAUUGGUGGCAAAGAACCAGACCAUAUGCAAUAGUCAUCCUAUUGCAAUUCCUGUUUGCCAUAAUGAAUUUCACAACAAAGCUGGCAAUGAACAACGGGAUGAGCAACUAUGUGUUCGUUGCAUAUCGCAACAUCCCUGCGUGUCUGGUCUUUGCACCAUUUGCGGUUUAUCGUGAAAGGGAUCGAUGGUCACAAAUGACAUGGUCAGUAUUCAGGAAGAUAUUGGCGCUUAGUGUGCUAGGACCUAUUAUGGACCAAGAUCUAUACUUCUUAGGGAUGAAGUACUCCACGGCAACCCUAGCAUCAGCAUUAGGCAAUACUCUUCCUGGCAUGUCGUUUAUUUUGGCUUGUGUUACUGGGAGAGAAACUAUAAACAUAACUGCUAAACCAAGCCAAGCAAAAAUAUUGGGCACAAUCAUAUCUGUUUUAGGUGCCUUGGUGAUGACUCUAGUUAAAGGUCCAGUCUUAUUUGGGACGGUUGGAGCUGAUAGCCAUAGUCAUCACCAUAAUGGUUUCCAUACAAUUCUUGGAGUGGUGUUCAUCUUGUUAUCAACUCUAAGCAAUGCUGCUUCAAACAUCCUCCAGACCAUCACACUAGAAGAGCUGAACCUACCACUCACAGUUACUUCACUGAUGCUUCUAUUUGGCUCAAUUGAAGCAAUAUUGGUGGCUGUGCUUAUGAAUAAAACUACAUAUUAUUCAGUUUGGUAUGUUUUUCAGUGGGAUAUCAAAUUAUUGACUGCUAUUUACGCGGGUAUAUUUUGCUCGGGGCUAGGUUUUUACUUGCGAGGACAAGUAAUGCAAGCUAGAGGUCCCGUAUUCGGAACCAUGUUUAAUCCCGUGUGCAUGAUCUUGGUCGCUAUGUCAGGCUACUUCUUUCUUGACGAGCAACAAUUCUUAGGAAGGGUGAUAGGUGCACUAAUCAUCUGUUCGGGUCUUUACUUUGUUGUAUGGGGGACAAACAAAGACAACAUACUUAGGCGCCAAGCGCAAGAGAAUGCAAAUGCAAAUGCGGUGGCAAAUCCAUAG